ACCCUUUUGUCAAAUUUCAAACACACAGUUUUUAAGCGCCAAAGGCGAACACGUAAGAAGAAAACAAAGAACUCAGAUCUCCAAAAACCAGAGUCAUCUCAUUAAUGGAGAAGGGCUCUUCAAAGUUGCAGAGACCCCCAAAUGAUGCCAUUUCUAGGGUUCGAUUUGCACCAGAAUCCAACAAUCUCCUCGUCUCUUCUUGGGAUUGUACUCUGAGCUUGUAUGAUGCCAAUAAUUCAUGUCUCAGAAAUAGAUUUAGCUCCGGAUUCCCUAUCCUUGAUUGUUGCUUUGAGAGCGAAACUGUUGCCUUAAGUGUUGGGUCUGAUUGCUUUGUUCACAGGUAUGACUUCCAUAUGGGAAAUGAAAGCACCCUGGGGAAUCAUGAUGAUUUGGCCAUUUGUGUCGAGUAUUCCAAGGAAACUUGUCAAGCUAUUAGUGGUGGUCUGGAUAACAAACUAAGGUUUUGGGAUACUCGUAUGGGAUAUGGUUGUGUUGGACAUUUGCAAAUAGCGGAUGCUCAAGUGGAAUGCAUGUCCCUCAUUGGGUUACAUCUAACAGUUGCUGCUGGGGUUUCUGUACAUAUGUACGAUCUGAGAAGCUUGAAUGAUCCAAUUCAAAUUAGAGAAUCUUGUUCUAUAUAUCAUAAAAAGUGUAUCCGAACAUUCCCUAAUGGACAAGGGUACAUUCUUGGGUCAGUAGAAGGACAAGUUGAAUUGGAGUUUUUCGCAAUGUCUGAAACAUCACAAGCCAAUAGAUAUGCUUUCCGAUGUCAUCCAAAGUCUAUCAAUGGAAGACAUCAUCUGGUUGCUGUGAAUGGGAUUGAUUUGCAUCCUAGCUACAAUACAUUUAUCACUGGAGAUAAUGAAGGAUAUGCAAUUGCUUGGGAUGGUAAAAGCAGGAGAAGGCUUUAUGAGUUCCCAAAGUUCCCAGCCAGUGUGGCCUCCUUAUCUUACAACCAUGAUGGUGAGAUGUUGGCUGUUGCUUCAAGUCAUACAUACCAAGAAGCAAAUGAAAAGGAGCUCCCUCCUGAGAUAUAUGUAUUUAAUGUCGAUGAUGAUUUAGUCAGGCCAUUUAGCUCUCGCACUUCCAAGUAAAAGGGAACUUUGAAACCUGAAUGCACUGAUAAUGGUUAGAGAUCUUCUCUUUGGGAUUCUCUUCUCACGAAACCUUUAUGUGGUUCCCAUACACAUAAUCUCUGUUUGUUUGGGGACCAACAGUUGUCCGGCCUUGGUCUGAUAGUUGGCAGACUACUGGAAAUUCUUCUUGUUAGGUUGCAAUUAAUGUCUGAAAUUGUUUUUUGUUUGCAAUCACUUCAAUCAAAGCUCAGACGGCUGUCAGUCUAGUCACUGAAGUAAUGUGUAUAGGGACCAACAAAGCCUGCUUACUUCCCUUGCCAAGUGCUUCAUUUUUUGGAUUUCUUUUAUUUGUUAGUUAUGGCUCCACAACAUCAUAUGUGGUCUACAACCUGCUUUACUGACUUCAGUGGAGAGCUCUCCACCCAUUACAGGAACUGGAGCUGUAAGGAUGGUCCGUACCUUGUGCUUUGAUAGAAUGGUUCACACUAAUCUUCUGUGAUUUAAUUUAAUUUACAUGUGUAUUAAUACUAGGAUUAAACCCUUGUACAAUAUGAAAGGAUGCGUACAUGAAGAUAAUGGUC